AUGAUAAAUAUUCUUCUAUUUUAGUCGACUUCAUUUACUGUUGCUCAAUGGUGGGUCUUCACUUAUCCCGCCUGGCGGAGGACUUAAUUAUCUAUGCAACCAAAGAAUUUGAUUUCAUACAAAUUUCCGAUGAUUUCUCCACCGGCAGUAGUUUAAUGCCACAAAAACGUAAUCCCGAUAGUUUGGAAUUGGUAAGAGGCUUAUCGGCCAAUCUGUGUGCCACUUUAACGGGAGCCAUGAUGACCAUAAAGGGUACCCCUUCAACUUAUAAUAAAGAUUUGCAAUUUGAUAAACAAUAUUGUUUUGAGGCUUUUGAUAAAUUGCAAUUGGCUUUAGCGGUAACGGAGGGUGUAGUAAAGAGUAUGAAAAUAAAAAUGCAAAAAAUGGAAAUGGCCUUGAGUUCCGAUAUGUUGGCUACCGAUUGGGCUUAUUAUCUAGUACGCAAGGGCGUGCCUUUCCGCAAGGCGCAUCACUAUAUCGGCGCUGUGGUGGCCCAUGCUGAACGCAUGUCUUUGGAGAUAACCGAAAUACCUUUAGAAGAUUUACAACAAAUUUGUCCCCAUUUCGAUGUGGACAUAGCCAAGGUGGCCGAUUAUUCUAGUAAUGUAGAACAAUAUGAUGUUAUUGGUGGCACCGCCACAAUUUCGGUAACCGAACAAUUGAAAUUAUUGGGUGAAUUUAUUAGUGGUUUAAAGAAAUUAGAAUGAUUGUUUGUUGAAGGCUAGACUAACCUUCCGAUACUUUUUGUCUGUUUUUAUUUACACCAAAUACUUUGUUUUAAAUUAAUUAAAGUUUAUAAUACAAUUUAUUGAUAAAAUAUUAUUUUAAAAAUAAUUAUUAAAAAUUAAAAUAUUGAAAUUUGAUUUGAUUUUGUGAUUUAA